AUGGUUGAUUCAAUAAGUCGAAUUACAUCAGCAUUGGAUUCGGCUCGCGUCCUGACACUAGAAGCAGCGGCUGUAGUAUCCUCGAAGUUGGGAGAGACUUCGUACACGAAUUAUUCCCAAGGUAUAACACCUGAACAACUAAGGACGCUGCUAAAUUCAAGGAACUCCAGGGAAAUAAAGGAUGGUAUGAGACGUAUAGUUGACAUUAUGUCGUCAAGCGAUGAAGUGAUAGACAUCGAAUCGUAUUUCGCAGACGUUGUCAAAAACAUCAUAUCUGAUGAUGUCAAGAUCAAGAUCCUCGUUUGCAUCUAUCUAUUAAGAUUUGCGGAAAAACAUCCAAACUUGGCGCUCUUGUCAAUCAAUUCUUUGCAAAAGACUUUAUCGGAUGGUGAUCCGGACGUGAGAGCCUUAUCAAUCAAAGCGUUGUCUGAUAUAAGAAUCCCUUCACUAUAUCCAAUUGUGCUUCAUACACUAAAAAAAUCAGUCACUGAUAGUUCAGCUAUAGUUCGAAACGAAGUAUCAUUUGCUCUGCUUAAGCUAUACGUUUCCAAAAAUGAAGAUAUGGAAGAUGACAUUAUACAAAUUUUGCAAGAAUUAUUGGCCGAUGCUGAUCCCAUGGUUAUUUCCUCAGCAAUUCUAGUAAUGAAAGAAUGUUUCCCUAAUAGGCAUGAUUGGCUACAUGGUCACUAUCGUUACUACUGCAAAAUGAUCACAGUUUUAGACCCAUGGGCCGCUUCAUACUUAAUUGACUUACUUUUGGUAUAUUGCAAGACAUAUCUUCCUCGUCCCAUUGUUGUAGAUGCUUCAGAAACAUCAGAUACUCAAAAAAGCAUGGAAUUGCCCGAAAGAUGUAAUGAAAUUCAAUUUCCGGUGUAUGAUGUCAUCAAUGAUGUUGACCUUACACUUUUUUUAAACAGUUUGGAAAAAUUGACUUCAACAUCACAUCCAGCUAUUAUUCUGGCAGCCUCCAAUGCAUUCUUUCAGUUAGCAACACCAAUGCAAUUUAAAAAAUCUCGCUUUCCCGAGGUUUUGAUAAGAGUCUGUGCUCUUUCAUCCAAUGUAGGGGUGUUGAAUAUACUAUAUCAAUCUAUUUUGUUAUAUUCUUCUGUCGAUUCCACCCUAUUUCUACCAUAUGUCAAAAAAUUCUUUAUUUUACCGUCCAAUGAUGUUGCAAUUGCUUGUUUAAAGCUGAAAAUAAUAUCCACUUUGGUCAAUGAGUCUAAUGUCAGAACAAUUGUUGAAGAACUGAAAUAUUACGUCUCAAGUGCCCCUCACCCAGACAUAGCUAUUACUGCGGCUAAUGCUCUCGCAACAUGCGCUGAGCUGUCCUCUGGCUGGGAAUCUAAUAUUAUGAAAUGGUUCAUUUUUCAUAUGGAAAACUCAAAACUCUCUACAACGCUUCUCAGUUCAUAUAUUAAUGUUAUUCGAGUCCUUGCUCAAGAAAAUCCAAAGAGACAUUUGGCACAUAUAAUGAAACUUUCUGGUAUUUUAGAGCAUCGAAAUACAUUAGCAGAUAGCGCAAGAGCUGCCCUGGUAUGGCUUUUUGGUGAACUUGCUUCAAUAGAGCGCAGGAUAUGCCCGGAUAUAUUACGAAAGUUAAUCCCCACAUUUGCAUUCGAGGGUCCCGAAACCAGAUCCCAUAUUCUGCUUUUAGCGGCCAAGUUGGUCUCGUAUAGUGCUGUUGAUUUUGAUGGUCCUUCCUCAGAAAGUCCAAGUGAUCUAAAAAAUUCAAGAAUAUAUGAGAUGUACAAGGCAGUGUCAUACUUGGCUGAAUUUGAUGAAGACUUUGAUAUCAGAGACAGAGCGCGUUCCCUUUCAUCAUUAUUCGAUUCAGAUAAGUUUGAGAUUGCGGCACUACUAUUGCAAGCUCCAAAGCCCACUCCUAGAAUGGAUACAUCGUAUUUACCAUCUGAUAAAAACGGAAUCUCUUAUCAGACGAACAUUUCAUCCUUAGAAAUAGAUAAGGCUAUUCAAAAUUAUCAUAGAUUCAUUCCAUGGAAUAAUGGAAUCGGUAGUACAGAUGAAGAUAUAAGAAAUCCGACGACUUUGAAGGAUUAUACUAGAUUCAAGAAGAGUUUCUCCUCAGAAACAUAUAUGAAGAAUGAUCCCUCGCGAUCUGCUUCAUCUAUACCUGACUCGCCUAUUGUGAGCCAAUCAUCUGUUACUAUGCCGCAGCAAAAAAAAAACUAUCGUUUGCAAAGUCUGGACGAAUUUUUUAUGGAUGUUCCUUCUGUCACUACUAGAAAAUCUGGAAGGAAGAUAGUCAUUCAAGAAAGCAGUGAUGAGGGCGAUAGUGAGGACGAUUCUGAUGAUAGCGAUUAUAGUGGAGAUAGCGAAGACGAAGAAGGUAGCGAUGAUAGCGAUGAUAGCAAUGAUAGCAAUGACAGCAAUGAUAGCAAUGAUGGCGAAAGUUUAGAAAAUAGCGAUAUGACGAAGGGAAGCUAUAAAGGCAAAGAUAACAACGACAUGAAUAAUAGUACUGGAACCUCGGGAACCAGUGACAAUACUGUUGAGGAAACGGAAAAUAUUCAUUCUAGUAUAGGUUGA